CUUAUUAUCUAUCCAUACCAUAAAACGAUCAACAAACUCCUUUCUUUUUCUCUUUACUCCCCCUCAAACUAUGGCCAUGUCUAUGGAGCUUGGAAGUUCUGCAUUUUCCUUACUCCAUGGCAGCAGACCAUCAUCUUUCUCUCUCUUACCAACUAACAAUUCCCACCUUUUUCAGUUGAAUAAAACCCAAAACACCCUUUACAAAUUCCUUCAUUUCUCUCCUCCUUCCCGCCAAUUCUCUGUUCUUCAACGGUCAUUUUUUCAAACUCCUACCCAUCUCUCAGCUUCAUCUUCCUCUACCUCUUCGACGGCCGAUAUCGAAAAGGAUAAGCUUCCUGCUGAUCUUGAUAUUACAGAAGUUAGAGAGCCUAAUUCUAGAGUCAGGUUAAGUGUGAGUGUUCCAUCAGUAGUAUGCGAUGAUUGUUAUAGAACAGUUAUGCGAGAGGUCGCAAAGAUGGCAAAGGUUCCUGGAUUUCGUCCUGGAAAGCAAGUUCCUGAUAGUAUUCUUGUUAAUUAUGCCGGGAAGCAAAAUGUUCAUAAGGCUGUUAUUGAGUCUAUACUGAAAAGGACCCUUCCUCACGCCUUGUCAUCGGUAAAUGGGAUAGCUUUGCAAGAUUCUGUCAGAAUCGCUACUACAUUUGCAGAGAUGGAGGAGACAUACGAUAUGUCAGACUCUUUGAAGUUUGAUGUCGUGGUUGAUGUGUUGCCUGAAGUGAGAUGGACUCCUGAGAACGGAUACAAGAACUUAAAAAUUGUUGUUGAAAUAGAUAACGAAAUAACUGCUGAGGUAGCCUGCGAGCGAGAGCUAAAACGUCGUCAUAAGACAUUAGGUCCAAUGAGAAUAGUCGCUGAUAGAGGGCUUCAGGUUGGUGAUGUUGUGGUAAUCGAUAUAUCAGCUGCAACAAUUGAGGAAGGUGGAAAAGAUUCUCAAAGGAUUCCAUCUGCCGAAAGCAAAGGUUUUAACUUUGACACAGAAGAUGGGGAAAAUCUUAUUCCUGGUUUCCUUGAUUCGUUAAUUGGAAUCCGGCCAGGUGAAACAAAGUCCUUUCCCCUCGUAUUUCCUGAGUCAUGGAAACAAGAAGAUCUCCGUGGAGUGCAAGCUCAAUUCACAGUAGACUGUAAAGAACUGUUCUACAGAGAUUUGCCGCCAUUGGAUGAUUCUCUUGCUGAACAGCUCCAGCCAGGAUGUUCAACUUUAGAGGAGGUCAAGGAGGCAUUGCUGCAGAAAUGCAGAGAGCUAGAGCAAACAGCCAAGGACCAAGCAACAGAUAAUGCAAUUCUAGACCAGCUUCGUAAGAUGGUUGAAAUUGAUAUUCCUCAAUCCUUGUUUGAGGAAGAAGGCAGGCAGAUGUAUGGAGCAAAGCUUAUGCAAGUUCAGGCACAAAUGAAGUUGAGUGACGAGCAAUUGGCAUCAUUGACAAAUUCGAAGUCAGUAGCUGAUUACAUUGAGCAUGAGAAGGAAAAUAUAAUUGAGGUGAUAAAACAGAAUUUGGCAGUAGGAGAUAUAUUUAAACGAGAAAAUAUGCAGGUAUCAACUGAUGAGGUGGUGAAAGAGGUAGAAAACUCUAUAGCAGAAUUUAGAAAACACGAGCAAGAGUACGAUGAAGAACGUAUCAAAGAACAGGUUCAAGAGGUUCUGGAGGGAGCAAAAGUGCUGGAAUGGCUGAGAGAACAUGCUGAAGUUCAAUUUAUUACCAGCUGAAUACCAGAAAAAUCACCCUUUGAACUGGUAAAAUAGCAUGUUUUGGUGUUCAUACUUCAAAUGCCCUGAAUCUAUGAAUGUAGUUUUUGACACCUUGAAGUUGCGUUAUAUUACACUGGUGAAACUAAAAUUGAAGAGUUAUAGAGAUCUUUAGUGUCAUUGUGACUUAAAUGUAAUAUGAGAAUUGGCAUUUGGAGUACCAUUUUUGUUGUAUAUCAGAAUAUAUGAGGUAGCUGCUUACGCUAAUUGGAGUGACUGUUUCUUUGUAAA